UUUUUACAGCAAUAAAUUAAAUACCCCUGUCGAUAACAUUGACAUCUUGCAAUAGCUCGUUGAUACGGAACAUUUUGCGCAGUGGAAACGUCUUUGUAACAUGGUAAGUUUGUAGUCCAUAGCUUUUAAUCUAGGUUAAAGAUUUACGCUACAAUAACCUGAUCAGCGAUGUUUUCAUAGUGUACUGUGUAGGUCUCAGGUUGAAACAAUAACUAAAAAAAUGAACAACACAGACUGAGUAAAGACUAUCUUAACGAUGAGCAGGUAAAUUGGACUCAUUUUUUGCCUUGAACUGAAUGGGAGGUAUCGCAUCAUUUUGGAUGUAUCCAUUAUCGGUUAAAGUAUAUUAUGAGCUAGGCUCUAGCUCACACUGAAUAUAAGGGGUAUUUUGUAAAGGUAGUUAUGCCCCGACUCACUGCACAAAAACGUAGAAAAAUUCAAUAUCUAAUCCUCUGUUUCUAAGCAAGACAUGAGGUGAAAAUUUUUCAGCCUUUAUCAUAAACCGAAGUUAAGAAUUUGUAAUGAGAAAAAAAAAAGUAUUCUGUGGGGAGGUGUUAGUUAAAAGAUUACAAGUUUCGUCCUUAAUGCCUACAAAACGCUAGAAGACUGCUUAACUCAGCUGGUAUCCUUCGGUGAGGAAUAAUUAUCUUAUUUGCAUUCUGGUGGUUAGUUUGAGAGCAGGGUAUUAACUUAGGAAACGGAAUCUUCGACUUGAGGUAAAGGUGGCCUGCUUUAACGUUAAAAUUAAGUUCAAAGCACAAGAAUGACAACUGUUAAAUACAGGUCUAAAUGACAAUACCUUGUAUGUUUUUUCCAUCAUUUACAUUACUUUUUUGCCAGUUGAAGACUAGUUGAUGCAUAUGCACGCCUGAGAUUUGACUUGGCAUUUUUAUUACUACUUAGUUUCGUACCGCACGGUAUGUAUGGCACACCUCAGAUAAAAUUGCCAACAAAAAGUUCGUUAUUACAAACGCGCGCGCGGAAUUUGAAUAAAAAAAACUAUUGCGUGCCAACGGAAGAUGUAAAGCUGCUAAGAAGGAAUUUACGCGCGUGCUUGCAGGAAGCGACAAGUUCAUUUCGCCUUUUCAAGGACGCAAGAUCGGCUCUGCAAAUGAUGAAAUAUUUUUCCCACAGGCACAAAUUACAGCGAUUCGAAGGGGGAUUAAUUGUGCGGCUUGCUUUAAGAUCUUCCAAGUUAAGCUAAAUCUAAUCUUAGCGUCUUUCAAGUGCCAGACGUGCUUACUGAGUUCUGACUACAUAGCUGUUAUUUAGAGAAUGAACGUGUACUUUUAAUUCUUUUAAUUGCGAUAAAGUUUUUGUCGCCGUAGGUCUCAAAAAAAAAAAAAAUAUAUAUAUAUAGCCUUUAUAUUACUUAAUUACCUUCUGUUUAGCGUUAACAUUAAUGACAGUCCAUCUCUUUCUUUCUAUAAGAAUAAUGAAUUUUAGUUGAAAUAAAAUUCUCGUCAGGGAUUCCUUUUAAAUGGGUGCAAUGUGCCAGGCAACAUUGUCAGUUUAGCUAGCACACCAUUGUUAUUACAUACCGUUCUAACUUAUAGGUGGAACGAGAAUUUAAAUGAUGUAUAUUAAUGGCAACGUUUGUGUUCAAUUUUUUCUUUCGGUCUUUACUAAAAAAAUAUUUCGCGUCCUGACACUUAUUUAAGCUGAAACAAACAUCACAAAAGACUUUUAAGAACAUUUUUAAAAAUUUAUUCAAACCCCCGUCCAUGCCAACUAAUUUGCUUUAACAAGGACCAGUUUUUGCAGGUGUUUUGGGGGAAGAUCUGUUGUAAAAUGGAAAAAAAAAAUAAAAGCAUAUUUUAUUCAUAAUAUAGGCGAAUCCUUUUUUACACUUUCCGUUUUGUGACAUUUUAUUAAGCUAAUAGAGGCAUCUUUAUAGGGGGCUAGGUGGUGAGAGGGCGACAUGAUUGAUUGCUUGAAAUAAGGGUUAGAUCCUGUUUAAACAACAUUUAACUCACAUCUAAUUAAUGCCACAGGCAUGAUGACAUCUCUGAAUAUAUAACAAUUAUUCUAUUAUGCUAUUAUGCUAAUUAGGCUAUUUCUUACUAAAAAAACUAUUUAGGGAAUAGUAAGAAACAGCAUAAUAGUAUUUGUAAUUUCUGAAAACGUCGAGCUAGAUGUAACAAAUAUCAAAUGUCCAAUUUUUGGGGGGAAAUUUUCGGUUAAAAAAACUCAAAAUUUAUCAAAGGAAGUGUAGGCUCAUUAAGGCUUUUUCUACUCAGCAAUCUUGAAGUUUGGUUGAUAUUUCCUUAGAUAUUGAUUUUAAAGGAAAGUUAUCUCUGAAAGAAAUAUAUGGUUUUAUGCUAAAUGUGACUGAUUAAUGUGCCAUUUCUCCAGCUACCGGGGAGGGAGCGUUCCUGCCAUCCGGGAAAUUAUAUAUGUGUUUUUAUGACAAGAAGGCCUCUCUGCUCACUGCAAAAAGAAAGUUGGAAAACAUUUUCCCCUCCCUUCCCUCCCAUAUGACUCCACUUUCCUCAGGCAGGUUAAGGCAUAUAGGUUGAAAGGCUAAAAGACCCCCAAAGACACAGACACACUAAUGACACAGAAGGAUCCACGAAAAAAGGGUUCCACAAAGAUAUGAUAAGACAUCUCACUAAAAUAGUUUUGGAAAAUUCAUCCUAAGCGUCACGUGACAUUCAUUAGUCUAUGGCGUCACAAAAACUGUUUUCUCAAACGAGGCAAGGUUGUUAAACUUUAGCCUAAAAUUGUCAGCGAAACCGUCUGGAUUGUCAAUUAGCCUUGCAAGGUGGGUUAAAGCAUUUUUAUUAAGAGUUAUUAAAGUCUUUUAUAAGUCACGUGACAUGUUUUUCUUUAUUUCAUAAUCCUUGCUCAACUUAGGCAUACAUGCCUGGCUAUUUCAUGAUACCCAGGCCUAGGGAAAAACACUGUUGCCUAAGAAUAUUUGCUGCUCUUUCAUUUCCUUUCACCCGUUUUUAUUUGAACACUUUGAACGUCAGGUGACUAAUAUUUCAACAAUGAAUAUGUCACAUAUUGUUAAGAUCGUCGAGCUAAAACUGUUUGCCAAGUUUCAUGACGACUGAUCAAAACAAUCCGUUUCAAAGGCCACUUCGCCAAAUUAUGCAAAUUAUGAGGUGACCCAUGCCUUAAUCGCCUGAGGAUCAUCUCCCGGAUGGCAGGUGUACCCUCACCUUUGCUGGUGUAAAUGUUCUAGUUUUUCUGUAUUUUCCUAGCUUCAUAUGCUUAAAUGAAAUAAACGGUCACUCUUGUGGCCAAAUUUUUCCCAAACUGCAAUUGUUAUUAUUAGGUCUCCCAGCAAACAGAGCUCACCCAAACCGAGACUCCACCAACAGCAAUAACCGACUCAAUAAUUACUAUCUCAAGGAACAUGGAGCAUAAACUGAGCUAAAUGUGGCACAGACUGCUCAAGUUAACCAGCUGGUACAACCUUUAAACGUUAUUUGUAAAUCCUUUACACGGGUACGGAAAAAGUUUUACCUGUGCAACCCGUUUACACGGAACCGUACAAAUUCUGUUACAGCCGAUUGCAGUAUUGUUUCGAUCCGCGAAUUGUUUGCCUUUUAAAAACUCAGACUUGCACGAUUCCCUCUGCUUGAAAUAAUUGAAUAGGGUCAAAGUACAUGUAGUUGAUACAAACUUGAUCCUUUUUUUUGUUCCAGGCUGAAUCGCAACUCUCCGAAGAUCAGUUAGCAGGUAUGAAAUUAAAUUCUGAUCUGAAAAUGAGCCAUAUGCAACCACUUGCCUUGUAGUUAUUCUGUCUGCAUUCGAUUGGGAAAUCUGAAUUUAGGAUUUGGAAUCCGGAUUUCGGAUUUUGCAAUAAUUAAAGCAGAAAAUCCAAUACGGAUUACUUCGACAAAUUAGUAUUGGAUUUCAAAGAAGAAUCCAAAUCUUCUAUGAGUUUUGUUUGAAAUCCGAAUUUGAAAAAUAUAUAGUUCGCGUGAUCAGAAGUCUUCUUUUUUUUUUUGUUAAUUCAUGCGUGCGCACAGUCUUAGCGGCGCUUCGACGUAAUCCGGGUUUGGAUUUCGCGUUGUUAUACAAAUCCAAAAUUUGGAUUUCAAGAUCUAAAGCAGGAUUUCCCAAUUGGAUGCUUCCUAAUUUUCAGGGUAAGGGGGAUCUUAUAUGAUGAGCUUAUCGGCAUUUACACUUAUUCCUCCACAUCCUUAACAGCAAUCACACAAGCAUUCUCUCUUUUCGACAAGAAUGGAGAUGGCAAGAUUAACACGAAAGAGUUGGGAACAGUGAUGGAAUCGCUAGGGGAAAACCCGACAGAAGCUGAACUUAAAGAAAUGAUCAGUGAAGUUGACACAGAUGGUAAUGAUCCACUUUUUUUUAAGAGCAUAUAGUCAUGCAAGAGAUUUUCAAGAGAACAAUGGAACAGAAAGGAAGUCUUAGGGCGUUGACCGCGUUGACUCUCUCGUAUGCGACCACCCCUGGCGCACGAAAAAGUGGUCGCUUACGGGAGGUGGUCGUCCAAGGGAAAAAUCAGGAAAAUAUGCUCAAAUUGAACUGAUGAACGUGAUUACAUAAAGUUAUUAACUAACAAGAUAAAACUAAGGCAAACAUACAAGUGGCCACACUGGUUCACAUCGAAUAGCACUUGGAAAUGUUGAAACUUUGUACAUAAGAGUAUUGCAGCAAUGUUACAAUCCACAUUUUUUCCCUACAGAUCGUAUCACAGCAAUCCUCUUUCAAGUCAACUGCUUUCAGGGAUCCGCAGCGCUUUUUAAAACUGAACUUUUGGUGACAUUUGAGCUGCAAUGGUUUUCCUACAAUCAUACGUGAUCAUGCCAGGGUCACUUUAAUACGAGAAAAAGAAAAGAAUAGAAUAAUGUUGAAUUUCUGGUUAUAAAAGCGGUCGCGGUCUUUUAAGUAGUGGUAACUUACGAGAGAGUUUUUAAAACAGUGUUUAACUGAGAAACAAGACGGUUAUUUAUACAAAGUGGUCGCUUACGCACGAAGGAUGGUGGCUUAAGAGAAGCGGUCGCUGUGGGAGAGUUGCUUGUAUGAAAAUUUCCCAGAGUUCAUAGAGCAUUUAGCUUUAAAAAAUUUCUUCAAAACGUUUCUUCAAAAUAUUUUAAGAAAUUUUUAAAACAGUUAAAAUUAUAUGACGUUUCGACGUUCUCGGACGUCAAUAGAGAGCUUUAGAUUGCAUAUCAAGUCGGCAGAAGAUAGAGCGUACCUUGGCACAUUCUUGACUAAAGGCUUCUGUCGUAGAUGAUAAAGCAUAGGCGCGAUGUAACAUGGUCUUAAAUAAACCGGUUUUGUAACGUUUGUUUACAUGGCUUUGAAAAUGCAAGAGCAGAACAGUCUGUUGGUCCGCCUUUUGUAAUCACGGGUUUCAAGUUCUUUUCUAUUCUUAUAGCUCAUUUCAAAUGAACGGGAUCUUGUUAUCAGUAGGAAGUUUCGGCCAUUGUAAUUCAGGCUCGGGACGGCGUAGAGCAUUCGAUGUAGUGAGAAAGUCAGCGUCGGCAUCGAUGGCAGGCAUUCUAGCAAGAGUGUCGUCCAUAUACCUUUUAUAGAGAGAGGGUGCCUUACCGUCGCGUGUGAGUUUUUCUUUGAGGUGGCACAUAAAACACAUUGGCCAUUAGUGGGCCAAGAGGAGAGCCCAUCGCUAUACACCUUCAGUCUGUUCAUACAAAUGACCAUCGAACUGAAAAAAGUUGAUUGGUGUUGGCAACAUCAAAGAGUUGUGUAAGUUCCUACUUCUCAAGGUUUAUUAGAUCAUUAUUGGUAAAGGUUUCGUCGACCAGGAUGUUAAUAGUCUCACUUAGAGGUAUAUUGGUAAAAAGGGCCUUCACGUCAUAAGAGACCAGUAUAUCUUCUUCAUUCAAAGGAAUGGAACAAAUCUCAUCAGAAAAUUCAAACGCAUCAGUAAUAGUGUACUAGUUUACAGAAGGUGGUUUUGAUUAGUUUCUUCAAGCCAACUAGCCAGGUUAAAGUUGUAAGUUCCGGUGGGGGAUAAAAUUGGUCUCAUACUCAAUUUAUUUGACUUUGUGUCCCUUGGGAAGCUCAUAAAGAUGGGACAAGAAGAAAGGGAAGUGGCAAUGUCUUCAGGCAGUAUUUAAUGUAGGAUUGAAUGUACAUCUUUCUAUUUCUGAAGAAGUAGGUGAAAGUGGUUCGGGGUCGUCCACGAAGGUUUGGGCAUCCCGGGGGACUCCCAUCUAAAAGUGACGAGGAUGCUCGUGGGAAGAUUCAAAUUAAAUCCCCUGAAGGGGAUCCAAUGUGGGUGUGGCUUAAGUUUAAACUGACCCCUAAGGAAGAUUUCUCUGUGGUCAGCGUCAGGGCAUUUUUUGUAAAUUUUUUUAUGCACAAUACUAAGCGAUACCUGGAUGGGCAAAUAGUAACUUUACAUCACAAACACCCUAACUGAGACCAAAAUCUGCAAUUUACACCCCAAAGCGAGACGAGGUUCAUCCCCUUCACUUUUAUAUGGGCGGCCCCGCCCCGUUUUGGGCGUUUGUCAUCAAUGCGUGCAAAUUUUGUAGCAUCCCCUAUUCAUCGAUUGAAGUUGCGCUUAGAAGACGGACAUGUUCAGGUUUGGCCAUGACUACAAUUCCAGAACCUCUGUCAGGUUUGGUAAAAAACUAAGUCCUCAGGUUUCCUUAAGCGAUCGAGCAGUUUCACGGGAGUUUUAGAUGUAGAAGGGCUUGUGCGCUGAAAGUAAUUCAAAGACAUGGAAAGUAAUGUUGAACUUGUUAACUCUUUCUCGUUAGGAUCUUUCAAAAGUGGCUCAAUUUUCCGACAGGCUUUCUCAAAGUUAGCUUUGAUUUCAGCUGGAGCGACUUUUUGAGGCAGAUAAAAUUUUAUUGUCCCGCAAGAAUGAACAGGCCUUUCGAAGAUACGAAGAUAUGAUGCUAAUAUGUUCGUUCACGUCAAACUUCUUUGAUAACAAGCGAGAAAUCUUGCUAACAUGGCUUUUCAUCAUUUCAUCAUAUUGGUUCUGUCGCACUGUAUUCAGUAUCCGUAUGAUGGCAAUGCAGCGAAUGAACGAGCAUUACUCCCUGGUGUUCUUGUGAGUGCUUCGAAGUUCUUCCUUGAGAUGACUGAAAUAAUAUAACUUAGAUCUCAAUCCCUCGUCCAGACCUAACCUUAUUUUGAUAAUUGUCUGAUGCCUUCUUCCAUGCACGUGCUUUUCUUCAUUAUUCAAUUUAACGGAAGUCUGAUUCCUUGGACGUCCGCACAUCUUAAUCGAUUGUUGAAAACUUUAUCAAGUUCACUGUACCUCAAAGCACGCAAUGUAGAAUUUUGUAAUGGUGACACACCAAGAGAGCAUAGGGAAGUAAUGCCCCAUUAUUCUCUCUAUAGAGAGGAGAAGUCGUUACGUCACGUUGCCAUGGUAGAAACAUUUUUGGAUGACAACAAACCGAAACUUCACUUAUUAAACGAAAAUUCGCACUGCUUCAAACUUCAUCGAUCUUAAUUCACUUUCAUUUAAUUUGUCAAAUGUUGGCGAAAUUUUCUGGAUUGAAUCCGAAAGAAAAAGAAAAAGAAACUUUUUGUGUUGUGUUCAUCUACUUCGCAAAGCGGGGAGCGUGAAAUUAGAAGUUUCUUGUCGCAGUCAUGCAAUGAUGGCUAUAAAAUGUGCAAAAAAGCGUCAUGCACGAGCGCAGUUGUUAUUUACUAAUAUAAACUUAUUGCCUUUUUUGCCGUUCUCGUCGCCUUCGCCGUCGUUGUUGACUAAGCUCCCUUUUGUUGUGAUCCAAAAAUUUCUCUACCAUGGUAACGUGACGUCAUACUUCUCCUCUCUAUUGACAACAUUGAAUAAAAGUCUUCGGGCGACCCCUCCCAGUACGGAAACCAAUUUCAGAUUGAAAUUAAUUCACAUAUCACAGAGGCUAGACUAUCUCAUUAUUCUCUCUUGAUUCACUUACUGUUAUGGCUGUUACAGUGGAACCUCGAUUUAACGAAGGGCCAAGGGAUUGGCCAGCAGAUAGUUUGCUUAAAACGACGUUUCGUUCCAUCGAUGCUCUUUUCUGUAUAUUCUACCAUAACUGAGGCAGAGAAUAUCGUUUCGAUUUCCUCGUUAAAUCGAGGUUAAACUGUAUUGUAAUUUAGCAGUUUACUUAGUCUGAGUGUCUAAUUGUUUUUAUCAGGCAGUGGAACAAUUGAAUGGUCAGAAUUCCUUAAAAUGAUGAAAGAAAGAAAGAAAGAGGAAGAAUUUAAUGAGGAGGAACUUAGGGAUGUUUUCAAAGUAUUUGACAAGGACAACAGUGGCUUUAUCAGUGCUUCUGAGUUAAAGGAAGUGUCGAGCAAGUUGGGACGAAAUCUGACCGACGAGGAUGUGAAAGAAAUGAUGAAAGAAACGGAUUUAGAUGAAGAUGGAAAAAUCAGUUAUGAAGGUAAGUGUUUUUGAAAGAACGUGAUUCACGCAGAAUAAUUGAACUUUGUCUGACCAUAGAUUAUUUUUUUGUUUAUACCUUUCAUGCGAUGCGCAGAAAGUAUUUGAAAAUGAAAUUAAGACACAAUCCACUUGGACAUUUUGAGUAAUUUUGAUUUUCAGUGGACAAAAAUCUUGUACCGGAAUAAUUUAAAGCAGAUUGCAUUCUUUCUUACAUUUUUCAAGGUCUAAAGAUGUAAUAAAUCAUCUGUAGUGACACCAAACAAUAGGUCUUAAGGGAGCCCGAUAAAAUAUAUAUUUAAUUUCACAAAAUUACAUCUUACACAUGAAAUUCUAGGAACUUUACCUGUGUAAUCACAAUUCUUGUGAAAUUUGAGUUUCAUUUUCUCGGACUUCCAUGAGAAAUUGUCCUUGGUGUUACUACAGAUGAUUUAUUAGGUCUUUAGCCCUUGAAAACUGUAAAAAAGAAUGCAAUAUUCUUUAAAUUAGUCUGGUACAAGGUUUUUGUCCACUGAAAAUGAAAAUUAUUCAAUUUCCUGAUGGCUUCCGUCUUCAAACAAAACUGAAUGCAAAGGCAAAGGGCUGAUUAAUCUCGGGCCAAUAUUUCGGUUAACAACAUAAGCCCUCCUUAGGGCCAUAGCUACAUUGAAAGAAAAUACUACAGAAAUAGAAGGGAGACAUACUCGCUAUAAUUGUUAAUUUUUACGUAACGUCACUAAAAUUCAGAUUACAAAACUAUGGAUCCUACUGAGAUUUUACUUUAAUGACGUGUUUGAGCAGCUGCUAAGUUAAAGUAUUUAAACAAGUUGUCAUUCACAUUCAACGUCAAGUUUGGGAUCAUAAGAAAAUUAAAUUAAGUCGAAAAUUAAAAGAAGUAAAAAAGACGCCAGCCAAAAAUUAGCUUCGAGUUGUGCUUCACAUAAGCUCCCGAGUGAUGAUUUGCUUUCCUCUUAAUGUUCUUUUAUUUCUCUCUUUUAUUUCAGAGUUUGUAAAGUUGAUGAGCAAGUGAAUAGCCUUUUUUCCAGUCGUUUUGUUAUUAUUCGAAGUUGCUUCAUGAACAGUUCUUAAUUUGACUGUCCUAUACUGGUUUGCCAAAAGUGACCAAUCAAGUAUCCAUGUAGUUUUAAGAAUUUCAUAUACAGGGAUAGUUGUUUGAUAUUCUGUUGAAUUUUUUGUUAUAUUAUUGUAUCUAACU